AUGGACAACACACUGACCGACACAAUAGACAACAGACUGACCGACACAAUAGACAACACACUGACCGACACAAUGGACAACGGACUGACCGACACAAUGGACAACGGACUGACCGACGGACUGACCGACACAAUGGACAACAGACUGACCGACACAAUGGACAACACACUGACCGACACAAUGGACAACACACUGACCGACACAAUGGACAACACACUGACCGACACAAUGGACAACAGACUGACCGACACAAUGGACAACGGACUGACCGACACAAUGGACAACACACUGACCGACACAAUGGACAACACACUGACCGACACAAUGGACAACACACUGACCGACACAAUGGACAACACACUGACCGACACAAUGGACAACACACUGACCGACACAAUGGACAACAGACUGACCGACACAAUGGACAACACACUGACCGACACAAUGGACAACGCACUGACCGACACAAUGGACAACAGACUGACCGACACAAUGGACAACGCACUGACCGACACAAUGGACAACAGACUGACCGACACAAUGGACAACGGACUGACCGACGGACUGACCGACACAAUGGACAACGGACUGACCGACACAAUGGACAACAGACUGACCGACACAAUGGACAACAGACUGACCGACACAAUGGACAACGGACUGACCGACACAAUGGACAACAGACUGACCGACACAAUGGACAACAGACUGACCGACACAAUAGACAACACACUGACCGACACAAUGGACAACAGCCUAAUACAAAUGACACUAGAAUGA